AUGAAGGUGAAAAGCAACGCGCCCAUUGGCAACGGAGGAGGAGAAAGAAUUCGAAAAAGAGCUUUCGCUGGUCUCAACUAUUUCAUACGACUACAAACAUCACAGAGAAUACUAUUAGAUUUAAAACUCUCUCGUCACUUUCCUGAAAUACUCCUCAGAUAUCUGGUACGGAGGAAGCCUAUUUUGAAGAGAUUUUCAAAAUUUGACCUUUGGACACUCGACCACUUCGAUUCUGCUGUAUUAGUGUCAGUUUAG